GUGUGUGUGUGUUCAGCGAUGCGGAGGGCCAUGGGAUUCGCUCUGGUUUGGCACGGGCUUUCCUGUGCACUGCUUUUGCUCUGUUUCGGGAUGCUGGUCGAGGCGGACAUAAGUUGCCGGUUUUGUCAGCCGGUGGGAAAGUGGCGCCCGAGGCAGCACCUGCUCAGCAUGGACGCGCCGCUUACUGCAACAGGCGAAGUUGGGGGACGCGGACAGCUUCCCGGCGUUGAGCACGACUGCGCAACUGAGCCCGAGGCGGAAUGUCUGAGCUCCUCGAGGCGCAGGCGGAAUACGCGCGCGCAAGAGCCACUGGAGUCACCGCGCGGCGACGAGGCGCGAGACGGACCACGCGCGCGCCGCGCGCUGCUGAAGAGCCGACGCGCGCGCAGAAUGCGCAGGGACGCACCAGGAGCACAGGAUGAUCAGACACCCCGACGCGCUAGAAGUGACAGACCGCUCAGGUGGAGUAAAGAUGAGCUGCAACUCACCAGCUCCACGUUCGCCCUGAGCGGAGAUUCGGCUCACAACCAAGCCAUGGUGCACUGGUCCGGCCAGAACAGCAGCGUAAUUCUCAUGCUGACCAAGCUGUACGACUUCAACCUUGGUAGUGUCACUGAGAGCUCCCUGUGGAGGUCAACUGACUACGGAACCACUUACGAGAAGCUUAAUGAGAAGGUUGGCGUGAAAACCAUACUGAGCUACUUGUAUGUCAGCCCAAAUAACAAGCGAAAGAUCAUGCUGCUGACAGACCCGGAGGUGGAGAACAGUCUGCUAAUCAGCACGGAUGAAGGUGCCACAUAUCAGAAAUACCGCCUCGGCUUCUAUGUGCUCAGCCUGCUUUUCCAUCCCGAGCAGGAGGAUUGGAUUCUCGCUUACAGCCAUGAUCAGAAGCUUUACAGCUCAGUCGAGUUUGGACGACGGUGGCAGCUGGUUCAUGAAAGGGUUGCACCGAAUCGAUUCUACUGGUCCAAAAUGGGUCUGGAUAAGGAACCUGGACUAAUUCACCUGGAGACUACCAUUUCUGAGACACAGGCUCUGUACAUCACCUGCAAGUUGCAGAACUGUACGGAGGCCAACAAGGGCAAACCUUUCCCCGGCUACAUCGACCCCAAUUCCCUGGUGGUGCAGGACGAGUAUGUGUUUGUGCAGGUGUCGACAGGCGGUCGGCCAAUCUACUACGUGUCAUCAAGGCGAGACCUUUUCACACCGAUGAAGCUUCCCAAAUACACGCUUCCUAAGGACUUGCACGUGAUCAGUACAGAUGAAAACCGGGUGGUGGCAGCGGUUCAAGAGUGGAAUCAGAAUGACACCUAUAACCUGUAUGUCUCAGAGGCCGGAGGAGUGUUCUAUACGCUCGCCUUAGAGAACGUCAUGAGCAGCAUGGGACCUGAGGGCAACGUUAUGAUUGAGCUGUAUGAGGUAGCAGGAAUUAAAGGGAUGUUUUUGGCCAACAAGAAAUUAGAUGACCAAGUGAAGACGUACAUCACGUACAACAAAGGGCGAGACUGGAGACUAUUGCAGGCUCCCUCUACUGAUCUUCGAGGAAACAGCAUUCACUGCUUAUUGCCUUACUGUUCCCUGCAUCUGCAACUCCAUGUGUCGGCGAACCCUUACACGUCUGGAAAUAUCGCUAGCAAAGAGUCGGCGCCAGGAAUCAUAGUGGCAUCGGGUUCCAUCGGUGCAGAGCUGACGAGCAAUAACGUUAGCAUAUUCAUCACAUCUGAUGCUGGAAACACAUGGAGGCAGAUCUUUGAUGAGGAAUUCAGCAUCCUAUACCUGGACCAAGGAGGUGCACUGGUGGCUAUCCGACACACUCCUCUCCCUAUCAGACACUUAUGGUUGAGUUUCGAUGAGGGGCGCGUGUGGAAUAAAUAUAGUUUUACAUCUUCGCCAUUGUUUGUGGAUGGAGUUCUGGGCGAUCCAGGAGAAGAGACUCUUAUUAUGACAAUUUUUGGGCAUGUCAGUCAUCGGUCCGAAUGGCAGCUGGUGAAGAUCGACUUUAGGUCUAUUUUUAACAGGCGAUGCACUGAGGCAGACUAUCAGACUUGGCACCUGCAUAACCAGGGUGAGCCUUGCCUCAUGGGUGUGAAGAGAAUCUAUCAGAAGCUUAAGCCAAUGGCCAAGUGUGUGACGGGUAAGAUCCUCUCCUCCAUCGUGACUUCAGACCCCUGUGAGUGCACCGAAUCUGAUUUUGAAUGUGAUUAUGGCUAUGAACGAAGAACAGAUGGGCGAUGUACACCAGCAUUUUGGUUUCAUCCCUCUUCCAUGUCCAGGAGCUGCAUUACAGGCCACACUUUUCUCAACAGCACCGGCUAUAGAAAGGUGGUGUCUAAUAACUGCACGGGCGGUGUGGUGGACCUUUACAUGGCCCGUAAGCGGCCAUGCCCCAGCCAGGCACCUAAGGGUCUCCACCUGGUCACCAGCGAUGGAAAGCUCACAGCCACACUGGGCCACAAUGUCACCUUCCUCGUUUUCCUAGAGCAGGGUGACGGAUCAAGGACGAGUAUCACCAUGAACUUCGGCGACGGCCACAGCAUCACAUAUUCCAACGUGAGCUCUAUUGAGGAUGGGAUUAAAUACAUCUAUAAAAACGUGGGAAUCUACAGAGUGACCGCAACCGCUGAGAACAGCAUGGGGUUCGAGACGGCGGUUCUUUUCUUACACGUUACUUGUCAGCUGGAGUAUAUCCAUCUCUCUGCGCCGUUUGUGGCAGUGAAAAAUAAGGAAGUCAACCUGACAGUGGUUCUGUGGCCGAGCCAAGUAGGAACCGUCACCUACAUCUGGUGGUUUGGGAAUUACUCAGAGCCAAUAAUCACACUGGAGGGGAGCGUGGCUUUCACUUUCCCUCGGGAGGGAAUAAACGUUGUCACUGUGCAGGUGGUAGCCGGGAGCACUAUUCAGCAAGACAGAAAAACCAUUGCAGUCCAUGAAAAUUUCAGGUCCCAUCUUUUAGCCUUUUCCUCCAAUCUGGAUGAGCACAACCCUGAUGUGGCAGAAUGGAGGCUGGAUGUUAGCAGAGUCAUCAAAACCUCCAUGGUCCAUGUGACUGGAGUCAAUCCAGAACAUCUGUUGGUCACUGUAUUGCCAGGACUGCCCACUGCUGCUGAAUUCUUCCUGCUCCCGGACAAAGAGCUAACAGAGGGCAAAGCGGACAAAACAGUCACGCAUUUAGACCAGAUCUCCACGUUGAUACUGAAUGCGCUGAACCAGAACCAGGUUCAGUUCACAUUAAGACCAGGAGUUCAGAUCACAGUGUACGCUGCACAUUUAUCUGCAGCACCCCUUGUGGACACCAGUGAGAAUCACAGUGGCUCAGCCAUGCUUAUGCUUCUCUCCAUGGUGGUAGUGGGUUUAGCAGUGUUCCUUCUCUAUAAAUUCAAAAGGAAGAUCCCAGGCCUCCACCUCUAUGCAGCGAUGCAGAACGAAAAAGAGCAAGAAAUGAUCCGGAGCCCAGCGAGCCCGAUGGAGAGCGAGCCAAGCAGCAGCUCUCAGAGAGAGCUUCCCACCUCGCCGGAGUCUCUGGACACCGAGCUUAACGUCAGCACCAUUGAAUGCAUUAAACCUCAUCCACGUGUCAGAAUCUCAACAGAACCUCCUGUCUACAUCGACGUCUGACUUUUCCAGACCGCCACUGCAAAGGGACAUUGAUCAUCCGAUCACAAAAAGGUUUUAAGCUUUAUACAGUACCUGUGCAUGUUGGACAUUGACACUUUACUGUGCUUUGUGAAUACCAGACAAAAACUGUGUACAGGUUUUUUAUACAUAUGUCUAUCGAAUAAGAGAACAUUUUUAAUGAUGUUUAUUUAUAAGAAAUGAUCAGUACAUACACAAUCAUAAAAGGCCAGCAUGUAUAAUAAUCUAAAAGGGUAAAAGUUAAAAAGGGAGCGUAAUAAUUUUACAUCUAUUUACUUCAAUGUAUUACUUUACAAUGAAGUGGUACAAUGAAGUGGUACGAUAUUUAUCUGUCUGUCAGUUUAUGUAAUAUAAAUGCAAGAGAUUUUAAAUUUAUGAUUUUGAGUAAAAUUGUAAUUUAAGGUACAUUCCGCACUCAAACAUGAAUUUUGUAUAGACCUUUA